AUUCUCGAGUGGUUAAACCACCACUAUCUUGAAUUCGGAAAUUUUUUGACGCACUUGUUUGUUUUGUUUACAAUUACACCACGGAAGUAAAACGGGACGGGACAAGGAUUAGUGGACAGUGGAGCAGUCCGCCCGGGGAGAACGACCCAUGAGAAGUUUUAUGCACAAAUCGCCGGUCGCGUGUUCCCUCGCCCGAGAAACCCCAGAAUUUCCCAGAAUAGCUAUUUAUGGCUUCGAAUGCGCAACUCGGGAAAAUCAUUUUGAUAGCCGCAAUCGCCGUGUUCUUCUACUACUUCUUUUGGGUGGCCGUCCUCCCGUUUAUGCUCAUCGAUGAAGGCAAUCCCAUUCGGCUGUUCUUUCCACCGCUGAAGUACGCUUUCAUAGUGCCCACCGUGUUCGGGGUGAUCUUCAUCGGCGGCAUCGCCGCGUUCUCCUUUUACCACAUCUGGAGCCUGAGAGUGAAACGCGAUUAG